AUGCAGUGUUUCAGCUGGAACUUGCCAAUACUUUCCAAAUUAUUACUGUCCUCCGGGCACACAUGGAGAACUCUGCGAUUAUAUUUGUCGUGUUCACCCUACAGUUAUAUUUGCUGUGUUCCAGAUUGCAACAUAGGCCGGUUUGGUCAGAACUGCAGUAAUGUCUGCCCAAGAAACUGUCAGAAUGGCCUGUGUGAUAGGAUUACAGGAGCUUGUUUGUCGUGGUGCAACCAGGGUUUGUUUGGAGAGAACUGCACUGAAGCUUGCUCGAUAAAUUGUCGCAGUCAGAUAUGUGACAGGAUAACAGGAGACUGUGUGUCGUGUACCGAGCGUUUUGCAGGACUCAAGUGUCAGG